AUGAUACCAGACACCAAAAGAAUUUGGGCAUUUCUAUGACUCUUAGCCUGAUGAGUCCUUCUAGUGAGAAGCCAAGCUAGUGGAGAGGUAAACCCUUUCACAGUGUACACCCAGACAUAUGGAAGAGAUGUAGAGCUAGAUCCGUAUAGUUUUAAUCUACAAACUUUUCUAGCAUACCCACAUUUAUUUGGAGGUACUACGAGGAGGUGUCAAAUGCAGCUUAAUGAAUAUAAUUAUUAUUUACUCCAAAGCAGUCAGGAUUCUGGAAGAGGUACCCCACUGAGCGCAAAAACUAUUAAUGCUGUUGACCAACUAUCUGAUUUUGUCCAUCUAUCUUCGAAUAAUGAGAAUGAAUUUUCAGGUUAUGAGAGAUGCAGAGAUCAAAUGAGGCAAAGGUACUAUAUUGUUCAUAGAGAAGAUAGGCCUAAUAUUCUACAUUUUGGAAUGUGAGUGCCUGAUUUAUGUACUCCUGAUGAUAUUCAUCACAUAAUUACUGGGCUCAGGCGACUCUUAGCAACAUACAGAACUCAAAAUGUAAACCUAGGAAGUAUCUCUCCAGGUGUCCUUGCUCUUUUGGAGCCAAAUUUUAAGCUUAGAGUUUAUGACUCAGAUGUAAUGAAUGAGGAUGCCAAAGAUAUCGAGUUUGGACAUAUUUGUAUGUGGUCUUUCUUUGGAAUUUUCACACUCCUUGUUAUUGCAGCGACAGCCUAUCACAUUAAUAUAGAAGUGAGUGGCGAUGCUCAAUUAAAUUAUAACUUGGGAGUGCAAGGCCCGAGGAAUUUUAAAGAGAGACUGGUUUUAGGAUUUUCUUUAGGUAAAGCCUUUGAAAAACUUACUGAUACGACUAGCAGAUUGGGAGCCAACACUCUCGAACCUCUGAGAGGAUAUAAAUUCUUCUGUGCUCUCUGGAUCGCUGCUGGGCUAUAUUGUUACGGGCCUCAAGGUCCUUUCAAGGAUGCUCAGAAGCUCAAUGACGAACUCUCAAAGGAUUUUAUUACAAUCCUUGGCAGAGCUACUAUUUUUAUGGUUGAUUGCUUGUUGUGGAUCAGCGGGGUCUAUACUGCCUACGCUUUUAUAUAUGACCAAGUUAUUGUUAGAGAUUAUCAAACCCAGACACCAAGAGAUAAAAUAGUUAUCUAUAUUAUUGAAGUUCUGAACAAGACAGGAAAGCUAUUCUUCUUAGUUUUAGCCUCUAUACUCAUUUUUGGAUGGGUAGGACCAACUAUUGGAAAUGGUCCUGUGUUCUCUGAGAUGUAUUAUUAUCAUACAAGGAGAAUGAAUGAUUACUGGUACACAUACUUAACAUUUACAAACAACUUCAUUAAGGUUGAAAAUCAAGGGAUGGUAUGGGGAAGUUUCAUUGCAACUGAACUACAACUAUUUAUUUGUGCUCUUCCUUUAAUCCGAAUGCUUAUCAGAAGAAGAACUGCAGGGUUGGCAAUAUUGGCAUUCUUAAUGGUUUGCUCUCUUGUGUGUUCUUGUAUAGCCAAAGAUGUGCAUGUAUCUGUGAUAAGAGAUGCCUAUCCAGUCAUGGAAUACCAGCAAAGGUUCUACCAGAAAGCAUUUCCUUAUUGUGCUGGAAUUCUAACGGGUCUCUUUACUUGGAAGGUACAUCAUGAGGAGAAUGAAGGCACAAAGUUUCAGGAAUAUGUUGAGAAGAUCGAACAGAAUAGCACACUGAGGUAUAUUAUGCAUUUUUCUGGAACUGCUAUGAUAAUUGCAGUAAUUUGAACUCUUCAACCUAUCGAUCAUGAUAGAUCUCACGAUAUUACCACUUCUAGUAUAUUUUUACUCACUGCAUCACAGAUUUUUAUGCCACUUGGGAUGGCUUUGAACUUUAUUCCAAUGGUAUUAAACCGAUCUGGAGCUCUUAAAUCAAUAAUGGGCAGUCGACUUUUCAAGCCUCAUUCCACACUGCUGUUCAUAAUGAUCCCCAUUAGCGGAACUUUGGCUUUUUGGGCUAUUUAUACCCAACAAGAGCCGUACUAUUACGAUUUCAAGACUUAUGUUUACACUAUGUUAUCUUACUUCCUUUUAUUGUCAAUCCUAGCCUUGCUUGUUUGGUGAUUAGUAAUCUCACCCAUCUACAACACCUUCGAUUGCUCUUUGGAUUAUUUGAAAAAUUACUAUAACCUUGGAGGAGAUUUCAGAGAUAAUGAUGAGCCUGAUGAAAAUGACAAGCUUCUCACAAUUUCAGAGGAUGAGUUGAAUGAUGACGAUAGUCAUAAAGAUGACGACGACAAAGGUAAUCCAGGCCCAUCUGCUUCACAAUCUUUUAGCCACAGUGUAGAUGAGUAAUUUAAGAAAUCAA